UAGUUGGAUGCUGAUAACUAUGAGACUGAUCCAUGUCUGAAAGAGAUUCGGAGAGCAGAAAAUUAUUCUUGGAUGGAUAUAGUAACCAUACAUAAAGACAAGCUUCCAAAUUACGAGGAAAAGAUAAAAACAUUUUAUGAAGAACAUUUACACCUAGAUGAUGAAAUACGCUACAUCUUGGAUGGAUCUGGCUAUUUUGAUGUUCGAGACAAGGAUGACCAAUGGAUCCGGAUUUCCAUGGAAAAAGGAGACAUGAUAACCCUCCCUGCCGGCAUUUAUCACCGAUUUACUCUGGAUGAGAACAAUUAUGUGAAGGCCAUGAGGCUAUUCGUUGGAGAACCUGUCUGGACAGCGUACAACAGGCCGGCUGAUGAUUUUCCUGCUCGGAAACAGUAUGUGAAGUUUUUGGCUGAAGAAGCACAGUAAUGGUGUCUAAGACCUGACAGGUGGAACAGCCCAGAGCCCUGUCGGAAUAAAUGUGACUGGCGGCUUUUCACUGAUUGCGUAUAUUUACAUAUAAGCUUAGAAUCACAGAAUCAUAGAAAAAUUUACGUUGAAAGGUCAUUUGGAGGUCACCUAGUCAAACCCCCUGUGAAGUACCAGGCCAACUUCAAAGCUAGACAAAGUUACUCGAGACCUUGAGGUUUGGAAACCUCCAGUGGAAAAGGUUGCACAGCCUGUCUGGGUGCCCAUUCCAGCACUUAGCUGCUCUCAUGGCCAAGCAUUUGUUCUUCAUGGCCAAAUUCCUGGUUGCAACUUGUAGUUGUCGUCUCUUCCCCUUUCACUGAUGCCUGAGAAGAGUCUGGCUCUGUCUUCUCCGCAGUCCCUUCUGU